AGACAGCCUUAGGGUCUUCUCAGGUGGGGAUUCAACGCGGAAGGAAUCGGCACUCACUCUGCCUGAGCCCCAGUCGAACCUGACUGCUCUGUUGGGGCACCGCAGUCAGAAGCCAAUUCCAGUUGACUUGGCUCCUCAGACGCUUGCCAGGGGCUCUCCCUGAAGGAGCGCAGCACUGAUGGGCUGGAUGAAAUCUAGAGUUGGGGCGCUGGGACUGUGGGUCCAUCUGCUGCUGGCUGUCUUCCUGCUGGGGGUCUACCAGGCAUACCCCAUCCCUGACUCCAGCCCCCUCCUCCAGUUUGGGGGUCAAGUGCGGCAGAGAUACCUCUACACGGAUGACGACCAGGACACUGAAGCCCACCUGGAGAUCAGGGAGGAUGGAACAGUGGUAGGCGCAGCACACCGCAGUCCAGAAAGUCUCCUGGAGCUCAAGGCUUUGAAGCCUGGGGUCAUUCAAAUCCUGGGUGUCAAAGCCUCUAGGUUUCUUUGCCAACAGCCAGACGGGACUCUAUAUGGAUCGCCUCACUUUGAUCCCGAGGCCUGCAGCUUCAGGGAACUGCUGCUUGAGGAUGGAUACAAUGUGUACCAGUCUGAAGCCCAUGGGCUGCCCCUGCGUCUGCCCCAGAAGAACUCCCCAAACCAGGAUCCAACAUCCUGGGGACCUGUGCGCUUCCUGCCCAUGCCAGGCCUGCUCCACGAGCCACAAGAGCAACCAGGAUUCCUGCCCCCAGAGCCCCCAGAUGUGGGCUCCUCUGACCCACUGAGCAUGGUAGAGCCUUCGCAGGGCCGAAGCCCUAGCUAUGCAUCCUGAAUCUUGCUGAUUCUAGAGAUGUUUCUUUUUGGGUUUCCACUUAUUUAUUAUGAGUAUUUAUCUUAUUUAUUUAUUUUAAUUUUUUUCUUACUUGAAAUAAUAAAGAGUCUGAAAGAAAA